AUGUGUCGAUGGAUAUUGGGAGAGAUCCAUAGAAACUCGACUGAGAAUUCUACUUGUUUGUUCAUUUUAAAUUCACUAUAUCAGCAGCUCAUCAUUCAGCAUUCAGGAGGCGAGAAACAAGUCACAGGUACUCGCAACAUUCUAUCGCAAAACAACUGCUCGCGGAUUCCACGUGCCCCGCAAGUGACCGUCAUCGGCUCAGGGCGUUUUGAAAAUCACGAAGGCAUCUCUGAGCUUGACCUCAAGCAUCUGUACCAAUCCAGUUUCCAUGAAGAUCCAUUGUCUCCAGAAGACAUAGCGAAUGACCUUACCCAGCCGUAUAGAUGGCACAUGGAUGCCGCGCUAUAUGCGACUUCUCCCCGGUGUUGUCACAUCGCUCCAUACCAUCGACAUCCCCCACAGCAACUCCAUUUCCCUGAAUCACGCACCAUGAGCGUGGCAGCAGGAGCCACUCUAUUCUUCUCCAGUGCGCGAAAUUUCGAAGGUCUGUCCGACAAAGACAAAGACUUCGACGUGAACACGACUGUCCAGUAUGCACCACUACCAUACGAAUACAUGCACAACUACAAGGCAUCAGCUGAUCGACCAUCAAUCCACAAGACCGGCAGAGAACAGGUCCUGCACACACUUCUAGACUGGACAUGGGAUGAAGUCCAGUCCGACCCUUCUGGAAAAAAUCCCUCUAAUGGCCAACCUCACACACAAAUUGCCGGGUGCUGCGUAUACUCCCUCACGACGACCAAUCCCGAAACGGGCCAUAAGUCGCUCAUCUCGAAUCUUCAGGAGGUCCGAGACAUCUGCCAUCGACUCCAGAUGCCUGUCUAUUCACCUGAGAGUGUGUAUGCACAUGCAUGGCAGAGGGGCGGUCUGGUUUUGCUCCACAACCGAGGCGUGAUGCACAGCGUAUCUGGCAAGAUAUCCCGGUAUGGUGAAGGACGGUUAUUGUGGCAAUGUAAUUUAGCUAGUGGGACGGCGCCGUCAGCAUGGAAGAACUAA